UCAUCGCUGUUGCUUUGCCACUGCUAUAGAUCCUCUUUAUAUAUCCAUUAUAUCCAUUAUAUCCCUUGUCUCCCCAUUGUAAUUGUAGUUUCAAGUCGUUGCUUGAGCGUCCUUUGGUCCGAGAAGUAUUCGCGAUGGCGCUCUCAGGAGUUGAAAUAUCCAAACACAAUAGCAAGGAGUCCUGCUGGGUAGUAAUUCAUGGAAAAGCCUAUGAUGUCACCGAAUUCUUACCUGAGCAUCCUGGUGGAAUGAAGAUUAUUCUGAAGUAUGCCGGUAAAGACGCGACUGAGGAGUUCGAACCCAUACACCCUCCAGAUACCUUGGACAAGUAUCUGGAAAAAUCGAAGCAUCUGGGGCCCGUUGAUAUGAGCACCGUUGCUAAAAUCAAGGAGGUUGAGGACCCCGAAGAGGCAGGGCGACAGCAGCGCAUUGCAGAUAAGCCGCUAUUAUCACAAUGCUAUAAUCUGAUGGAUUUCGAAUCCGUUGCCAAGAAUGUCAUGAAGAGAGGCGCUUGGGGAUACUACUCUAGUGCCGCCGACGAUGAGAUAACACUCCGGGAAAACCACGAGGCUUUCCAUAGGAUAUGGUUUAGGCCUAAGAUCUUGGUUGACGUUAAGAAAGUGGAUUUCACGACAACUAUGCUUGGUACCAAGGUGGACAUACCUUUCUACGUUACCGCAACGGCGUUGGGGAAGCUGGGACACCCCGAGGGCGAGGUGUUAUUAACCAAGGCUGCCAAGAAACAUAACGUCGUGCAAAUGAUUCCUACGCUAGCGUCGUGCUCGUUUGAUGAAAUUAUGGACGCUGCCGAAGGUGACCAAGUGCAAUGGUUGCAACUCUACGUCAACUCGGACCGAGCCAUCACCGAACGCAUCGUGAAGCAUGCCGAGAAGCGAGGGUGCAAGGGUCUCUUCAUCACGGUCGACGCGCCUCAGCUAGGUCGGAGAGAGAAGGAUAUGCGAUCCAAGUUCACGGAUAGCGGCUCCAAUGUGCAGUCAGGUCAACAGACAGAUAAUUCGCAGGGCGCAGCUCGUGCCAUUUCGUCCUUCAUCGACCCGGCACUAUCUUGGAAGGACAUCCCGUGGUUCCAAUCUAUCACCAAGAUGCCUAUUAUCCUCAAGGGCGUACAGCGGGUCGAGGAUGUUAUCAAGGCUAUCGAGCAUGGGGUUCAGGGCGUCGUGUUGUCGAACCACGGCGGGCGGCAGCUCGACUUUGCACGGUCUGCUGUUGAGGUGUUGGCUGAGACGAUGCCAGUGCUCCGAGAGCUGGGACUGCAGGACCGGAUCGAAAUAUUCGUAGAUGGUGGCGUGCGGCGCGCCACCGACAUCAUCAAGGCGUUGUGUCUAGGCGCCAAGGGUGUCGGCAUCGGCCGCCCGUUCCUGUAUGCCAUGUCUGCCUAUGGCUUGGAUGGUGUCGACCGUGCAAUGCAGCUCCUCAAAGACGAGAUGGAGAUGAACAUGCGCCUUAUUGGCUGCACCAGCAUCGACGAGCUUAACCCCUCGCUCCUCGACGUUCGAAACCUAGGAAGUCAUGUGACCGGCGUCCCGCGCGAUCACCUCGGCCAUAAGAUUUACGAUCCCCUCGUUACACCGGCGUUUAAGCCCCCCAAGUCUUCGAAGUUGUAAGGAUAUAUACCUAUCAGCCUGGGUUACAUAUAUUUAGCUUUUAUUGGAUCGUAUAUAUAAUUUCUUGAUUAUUGGACAUCACACAUGGCAACCUACAUGGUUUGGACAGCCACCACAUGUAACAUACCUAACCUAGGUAGGUAACCUUCAAUGUACGACAUCCCACAGGCAGGCAAGCAGGUAGGCAGAUUCCGUAUGUGGGACGAGACUGUAA